GUCCAACGACAUAUAAACUGUUCAGUUUCAUUCAGUAGUUUAUCAGUUAUUGCCCUUUUUAUGACUGUUUCGACUUCUGUGAUAAUCGUCCCAUGAAACAUCCCGUAUUUCGCACUGUCAAUGUGACAGUAUAGUGACGUUUGGUUUGAUCAACGUAUGGACUGAUAUUUUUCAGCACAAUCAAAAUUUGAUUUCACAUUUCAAUUUAAUUUAAUAGUUCACAUUUCCAUUUCCAGUACUUGUUUUGGCACGUGCAAGGUAUGGCUAAUAUUUUGAUGGAAGUGAAAAACCGUCGCGCUACAAUCAAUACAGUUUAUCAUGUGCUAUAUGGUUACUACUUUCUGGGGCUUAAAAAGGCACAGUUAGCUAUAGUUUACAAGAAAAACAAGACCACAAUUUCCAACUGGAUCAAAAGAUAUGAGGAAGAUGGGAUCUUCAACCGAAUCAAAUAUACCAGAGCAGCAGAAAAAUUUGGAGCAGAAAAACGACGAUGGCUAGUAGAACUUUACCAGUCUAAACCAACUACAUUCCUGGACGAAGCAGCAAGACUCUUUUUUAAACAUUUUCAUGUAACAAUUUCUAUAGCUUCCAUCUGUAGAAUUCUUCAUCACGAAGGAAUGACAUGGAAGACACUUGAACGAAGAGCAAUACAAAUACGUGAAAGUGAUAUUAUCCGAUAUUAUAAUGAACUGUCAACUCUGCAAUGGGACUACCACAACCUUUUAUUUAUUGAUGAAGUCAGCUUCGAUAACAAGGCUAUGUUACGAACAAAAGGAUUUGGAGUUCGUGGCAAACGACUUCUUUUUAAAGGAGAAUUUGUUCGCAAACCUCGAGAAUCUCUUUUAUGUUUCGCCGGACAGGAUGGCAUGAUAGAAGCUUGUCAUACUGAAGGAACAUUUACGCGAUCUAAGUUUUUUGAGCAUUGUAAAACGUUUGCUCUUCAUAGUGGACAUGUUCAAUAUCAUCCCGGAUUUUAUUCUCUCUGGAUCCUCGAUGGGGCAAGAAUUCAUUGCGACCCCAAUUUAGUUUAUUAUUUUAGGUCACUCGGGAUACAUGUCGUUUUCCUACCAGCUUACUGUCCCCAUAUGAAUCCUAUAGAAGUGCUUUUUGGAUUGUGUAAGAAACGACUUCAACGUGAAUAUGAUGAGUGUGGUAAAAACGACCUCAAGUACAUAAUUGCGAGAAUUAUGAAAAGCUUUUCCAAUUAUAAUAUGAAUAACUUAUUCCGAAAGUGUGGGUACUUGAAAGGCGGUAAGUUUGAUCCAACUAUAAAUGAUCGAUCUGAAUUGCCAGGGUUUGAUUUUGAGGAAAAUUGUACGAAAAAGGCUUCAAUUUAGAAAAACAAAUACAUAUAAAAU